AUGGACCCUCAGUUCAUCAACUUCACCAAGCCGGUUGAAGAGCUCGAGAAUAAGAAAGCGAAUUUUUCAGGAUCAGACUCCAGUUUUAGAAAUGAGAGCAGCGUGGACGAAUUCUGCGAGAUCCCUUUGGACAAUUUCCUGCUCCUCGAUCUCUUACCAUCUGUUUUCAUUUUACUCCUGCUCAUGUUUGUAGAGCGCAGACAGAAGAUUUGCUCCUUUGAGAAGAGAUUCCCGUGUCUGAGCGGCCGAUUUGGCAUCAUGGUCCCUCUGGACUUCACCAGCUCUCUGGAGAACCGAUGGUCCUAUGCUUUCGCUUUUGGAGCCAUAACACCUCUGAUAUUCUCUCUGUUCUUUGGUGACAUCAAUCCGUUUCCAUACGCACCACGCUACCUGAAAGUGUUUGUAUACUUGGUAGCAGCACUGGAGGUGGGUGUCGUCUGUAAGCCGUUCUUUGCCUGUCUUUCAACACCAAACCAAAUGCUUGGAGGAAUUCUGGGCCUGCUGUAUACACUCAACUGGUUUGUUUUGAAGCUUUGGGAUUUUAUCUUAUGUAAAAUUCCCCGAAAACAAGAUGAUGGAAGCUUUACGACUUUUUCUCAGCAAUAUUUUUGGUUAUUAGACAUUCCACAUUUACUGUCUUUGGGGUUCCUGUUGUUCCGAUUUGGCUUCAUCAUAGUGAAGGACGUGCUGAUCCGACUGAAAAUAAUCGACAAACAGAAGGAAGUAAAGAAACAUCAAUACAGAUAUGUACAGAGAUUACUGAGAGGACCUGCUGAAGUGUCUGUGGAGAAGAGCUGGUUCCAGAGGAAAGUGUAUGAGUGGGAUCCGUAUUUUAAAUUCCCAAACAGGAUCAUCGCCACCGUUGUGCUCUGCGUCCUCGGAGUGUACAUGAUUGUUUUUUUUGAGCAGGUUAUGUCUAUAUGGUGUACAAAGAAUAUUUAUCAACUACCACACAAUUACAUGGAACUGGAUUUACCUUUUAGAACUGAUAUAUUUGAAUCACUUUGGACCAAACACCUGAACUAUAUAACAUAUACCUGGUACAUCACAGCAGUGUGUGCUGCAGUCUCAUCUGUAAUUCACAUUAGUCAUGUGUUGGUGUAUUACAGGAAGCACAUCAAAUCACUGUGGGCUGGAGACAAAAAAUAUCUGCCAAAGAACAAAAUGAAUGCUGCUGUUAGUGUGGCAGGACUUCUGAAGUAUCCUGGCUAUCAGAUUGCUUUCACCAUGUGGGGUUAUCUGAUUGUUCAUGUGGCCAUGUUCACCGCUGGUAUGGUGUUUGUGUACCUGGUUAUAUCACCCAUCAGCGAAUACGGCUUUCACUUCUGGCUGCUUGAGCUCACCAACUUUCUGACAAAUUUCAUCAUCGUGUUCACACUGAUGAGGUUUCAGCGCUUCAUGAUCAAAAUAUUUUUCCUGCAAGAUAAAAACUCUCCUCAGGACAAAGAGAAACCACUCGCACUCAAUAACAGGAAAAUUUUCCACAACUUUAACUACUACCUCUUCUUCUUUAACAUGAUCUUGGGCUUGGGGAGUUGUGUGUUGCGUGUAAUUCGGAGUGCCGUCGUGGCCUUGAUGCUGCUGUCACGGAUCGAACGGACCAUCAUGCCUCAGGGCUUCAAGAAGCUGGAUGCGAGUCACUCUACAUGGUUGGGAAUGAUCAUAACAGAUCAUUAUCACAGUAAUCCAGUUCUGGUGUGUUUCUGUCAUCUGCUGCUCAAACACACACUGCAGAGUGUCCGAGUGGACGAGGGCGUAAAACCGGCUCCUCCAGCUAUGAAGCGAGCUCGACUACGCUGGGUUCUUGUGUACACCUUGCUGAGGAACCCGGGACUCAUCCUGCUAAGGAAGCGACGCUGGCAUUUGAACAAGGAAGCAUUAGAGCUUGCCUUCAUCUGGGCCAUGACCAGACACCGGGCCAAUCAGGACACCCAGGGAUCCGGCAGAUCCGCACUAACUCUGAUUUCUGCCUUACACCGUUCUUCAUUUAAUUCCGAGCCUUGGUGGGAAGGUCUCAGAAGAACUUGUCCUCCUUAAAUCCUAUUGCUCAGCUGGAUCUUGGAGCAGGAACCUUUAGCCACACCCACUUUUAUGCAUGGCUUGGGCAUGUCAUAGAUACAGUAAU